AUGCAGAACUUUAUGACCAGACCCUCAAGAACAAAUACCAGUGAAUUUGGACAUCGACAGGAAGACAACUUUGACUACAACGAGUUCAAGAAUCUGGCCUUAAGUUUGAUCGCCAGUCAGCACCAGAAGGAAUGGAAUCAUCAACCCAGACUCACAUAGGUCCUUCUCAACCAGAAUCUAACUGUGAUGUUCGACGGAGUGAUAAUCAAAGAAUAAUGCACCCUGUUUCCUAAUGUUCUGAAAAUAGAUACGCAUUACAUCCAGCUUUCCCAAUAUUAAAUCAAGAGGAAACAACUGAUCCACAAUAAUAAAAAGUGUUACCUUCUCCUCCUGGGCAAUGACCUCAUGCUCUUCUUCAGCAGUUUCGACGUCCAAAAACAUUGGUACAAUCAGAUUAAGCAAUUUUGUAUCAUGAAAAACUUACUAGUCAAAUAUCGUCUACAGGAACAAUUAUUCCAGGACUUCUACUCCAUCAUCAAGAAAAAAAACCGACAAUAGUUUUCUGCCUACAUCAUCAACAAAUAGCAACCCUUUCUAGAGCAUACUUUUGGCUUGUUGCACGAGAGCAAGAAUCACUCAAUACUCAAAAUAAAGAGGAUCUACGAGGACACCAACAACUAUGUCAUGAUUACAGAACGGUUUGAAGGCGAACCAGUGUUUAAUUUCUUAUUAGAGAACAUUUAAUUUAUGGAGGUUUAAGUUGCUACAUUGAUUUACUAAAUCCUACUAUUGUUACGCUAUUUGAAUGAACACUAGGCAUAUCACGGAAAUAUCAAUGCAUUAAAUAUAUUAAUCAAUAGAGAAAGUCAGUCCUUAGAGAUUGCAGUAAUUGGAUUUAUAUACUAUCCUUUCAAAUAAGGAGAAGACAUAAGUGAAUAUUUGAAAUGGGUCAAUCUGAACAAGUAUUAUUGGAGUGGUUUUGAAGAAAAUUAAACCCCUGGGAUACAUUCUGAUCUCUACCAAUUAGGAGUUCUACUUUAUAUCAUUACAUUUUACACUAAAAUAAACUAAGAUUUGAAACGAAAAAGUGACCCUUACAAAUUGUUUUUAAGGUACAUGAAGGAGUUGGUAAUAAAAUAUGAGUUGAUUGAUGAAACCAUCGAGAUGAAGACUCCAGAUUAAUAGUUUGUACACGUCUUUUCAUCAAGUCAAUUGGAUCUGAUAAAAAAAUUAUUGUCUAAUUGCUCCUUAUCUGAUGCUCUCACACAUUAAUGGUUUGUAAAUGCUAAGCAGAAAGCAAGACCACACAAUCAACGUUAAGGGUUACCCACACUAAAAACAAUCAUUGAAUUGAAGGAAGCCAGUGAUGGUGAAGCAAGUAAAUCAUAAACCAAAAGAUUCAGUAUUCAAAGUGACACCUACGAUUCAAUGGAUGAGUGUCCGACUGUCUCAUAUUUAAUGCGCAACAUCUUAGAUUAUGAAAAGGCGCCAUGUAAAACUCAUCAUUCCUGA